AACUUGACUACGAAACACCGGGUAUUAGACAGGAUCCCCUACACUGUUGAUUUCGUUUGCUUUUUUUAACUAGAGAGAGAGAGUGACUUGCGGUAAAAUAAUACCGCCAUUAAUAUGUAUUAAUAUGAUGGUAUUCACUGAAGGCAAAAUCCGAUGGGUCAGUCAGGGUACAUGGAACAUUGCCUAACUUUGAGCGAGCAGUAACACAUGGUUAGGUAUUCGAUAAGGUGUUGUCUGCUCAGAAACAUAACCGCUAGCUCCAGCUUUCAACAAAUAUGUCACUAGAUCAGAAAUUCAACGAAGCAGCCGAAAAGGUUAAGACCUUCACGAAACGCCCCUCGGACCAGGAACUACUCGUGCUGUACGCACUGUUCAAACAGGCCACCGUUGGGGAUAACACCACCGAUAAACCCGGCAUGCUGGACCUGAAGGGCAAGGCCAAAUGGCAGGCGUGGCUCGACAAGAAGGGAACCCCACAGGAUACGGCCAAGGAAGAGUACAUCAAACUGGUGGAGGAGCUGACGGCGAAGUAUCUAUGAGUGGCACAGGGAACUCACCGAACUUUGGUUAAUUAGGGACUGUUCACAGGGGAAAUUUGGUUUUAGAACCUUGACAAAGUACAGACUUACUAGUUGUUGUUAAAAUAUCGAGCUUUAAAAUGUUGUCAUACUAAAUGUAAAUAAAUAUGGUAAAACGUUUGGUAGAUGUUUAAAAUGAUUUGUUUUUUUAUGCUGCAAUUGGGAGUUACAGAGAAAAUGCAAAAACAUUUUUAUUUUAUAAAGGCAAAAGAAAUUGAGUGCUCUUAUAGAAAAAAACUCAAACUCAAUAUAUUGUGUAUUUAGUAAUCACUGAAGUAAUAGGAACAAAUGUAGUCUAGAAUAAUUUGAGCCUAAUGCUAAAAGAUUAAGAAUAGUAAUACAUAGUAAUAAAAGAUCUUAAAUUGAA